CAUAUCGUCUCAGAGAGAAGAAUGGCACGCAUGAUGACGCUGGAUGAGCAACAGAAAGAAAGCCAGUAAACAGAGAGAGAGGGCGGGGCCACAUAGAGGGAGCGGCUGAGCUGAUAUUCGCCGUCGCUGGGCUGCACGCUUCUUUUUGGCCGGUUAACCUCCUGUUGGUCCACCAUACGCCAUAGAUGGGUGAUCCAGUGACCCUGGAGUCUGCCGCCUCUCCUGGUGUUACAGCAGUGCCCGCAGUGCUAGCUGCAGAAAACCAAGAUGGUGCUAAAAGCCAGCCGUCUAACAAGAAUGGGAAGAAGGCCGACUCCAGUGGCAGCAGCUUCUUCACCUGGUUCAUCGUGUUGGCCCUGCUGGGCGUCUGGACGUCUGUAGCUGUGGUCUACUUUGACCUGGUUGACUAUCAGGGAGUUCUUGGUAAACUGGUGGCGUACGACACAGACGGCGACGGAGAUUUCGAUGUCGAGGACGCAAAAGUUCUGCUAGGCCUGUCCAGUGAGGGCGAUGGUCAGGGUGAAUCCCAGGUUCUGGAUUGGUUAGAAGAAGUGGAGGAGGGCGGCUCUGAUUGGUUAAACGGGUUCUUCACGUUCCUGUAUGGACUGAUAAAUCCGCUGGAGCCGCUGGAGGAAGAGGAGGGUGAACACACUGCCUCAGGAAGAGCAAAGGAUGUGCAGGAAGAGGAUGAGGAGGAUGAGAACGAGGAAGCGGUCAGAGGAAGACGACAAGCGAAAGACGAUGGAAAUCAGGGGCAGAAGAUUGUGAUUGUUGGCCUCCAUAACCAAUAUGUUUGUUAUGUUGUCCUUACUUGGAGGGUUGUUGUGAUGUUUGUGUCGGUCUUUUCGGACACUUGGUAUCGCUGUCACCCUGCAGGGCAGGCAGGAGCUGUAGACGCCAUGCAGAAGUCUCACACUGAUACCGCAGAAAGCUCUCCAAAGAAUGUGGGCUUGAAGCUCCGAGAGGCUCUAAAGCAGCAGGUCGCCAUCAUCCAUGAACGCAUGGAGGCCAAGAAGCUCGCCAAACUGGCUCUGGCUGAAGUCCGAGAGCUCCUAGCCAAAGAGGAGCAGGAGAAGGAGCUCGAGAUGGGGAGGAAGGAGAUGUCAGCCAGGGUGAAGGAGAGGGUGGCUAUGAGGCUGAAGGAGGAGGAGGACAGGCUGGAGAAAGAAGAGAUGGAGAGGGCUCUGGAGAAGCUACGAAAAGAAAAAGCAAAAGGGACAGAUGAGGAGGAGGGAGGGGAGAAGAGGAUAAAGAAAGGAGCGGAAAAAGACGAGAAGCCUGAGAAAAAGGAGGAGGGGCAGGGAAAGAAAGAACGGGAGGAGGCAGGCAAAGAGUCUGCAGCUGAAAAGAGAAAGAAGACUAAGGCAGAGAAACCUGACAAAGGGAAAGUCGAGUAGUGCUCAAACACAGUCACAUGAUGCUGAGUAUCUGCUCACAGCGGCUGGCGCCACAAACAUCAUUCACUGCUUCUUCUAUUCAGUCAGGCCGUGUGCCUGUAGUUUAGUCUGCACUGCUGCUGUUAACCUCACAUAGUUCAGCUGCUUGUCUGCAAUAAGGACAGUCAGCACCUACUGUGAGCUGGUCCUGCAGACGAGCAGGGACCAGGUCACGCAGCGUCGUGUCUGUGUGUGUGAGUGUGUGUGUGAGUGUGAGUGUGUGUGUGUGUGUGUGU